AUGCUGAAGGACAAGAAGACCAAGGUGAAGAUCACCUUCUUGGUCAUUGUUGUGGGCAUCUCGUCCAUGCUUGCGGCCGUAGUGACGGAUCAUUGGGCCGUCCUGAGCCCUAGAGUUGAAAAACUUAACACCACCUGCGAGGCAGCUCACUUCGGGCUUUGGAGGCUGUGCAAGAAGAGCAUCUUUAUGGUGGAGGAAGACCCCCAGGGCAAGGGCUGUGGCCCUAUCAGUCUGCCUGGAGUCAAGAACUGCUCCUACUUCAAACACUUUACGUCAGGGGAGGAGGCCGAAGUUUUCGAAGUCAAGACUCAAAAAGAGUACAACAUCUCAGCCGCUGCCAUUGCCAUCUUCAGCCUGGCCUUCAUGACACUGGGCAGUCUGUGUCUCCUUGGAGCCUUUGGAAAGAGCAGAGACUACCUACUAAGACCAGCUGGCAUGUUCUUCGCCUUUGCAGGUCUCUGCAUAGUCAUUUCAGUGGAGGUCAUGAGACAGUCUGUCAAACGCAUGAUUGACAGCGAUGAAACCAUCUGGAUCGAGUACUACUACUCGUGGUCCUUUGCAUGCGCCUGCGCCGCCUUCAUCCUCUUGUUCCUCAGCGGGAUCAGCCUGCUGAUCAUCUCCAUGCCUCACAUGCCACGGAACCCAUGGGAGACCUGCAUGGACGCUGAGCCUGAGCCCAUGGACUAGCAGAGCGCCUUUGCCCAUCAAAUCAGGGUUUGGCACACAGUAAGAAUGCAUGAUAAAGGAAUCAACACAUGCAAGGUGUUGAAGGAAAGUUUCGUAAUGACUUUGCUAUUGUUUUU